UCAACAUGCCAUGCCAUAGUUCAACAAUAAGCAAACUUUGGUUAUCUAGUUUGAACUUAAUUCUAUACGAAUGUUACAAAACUGCAAUAUAUUCCUGACACAAACAGCGUUUCCAAUUUUACUGGCGUUAACGUUUUAAACGCGUUUCGACAGUUCUGCUCGAACGCUCCACCUGAAGCUACAGUGCCGACGGGUAACGUAGUUUACGGCUGGUUGUUAGCCCUUUAGUGGUGUGAACAUUGGCGAUACAGAAAACUACAGCUCCCUACACAAAUAAGGGCGCCCUACUGAGAUUUGUUUUUAGCUUAGCUGGGACACACGAGUGAAAUUGUAACCGAGGAAAAAAUUGUAAUUGUAAGUGUAUAUUGCUUUUCUCUAAACAUUCUCGCAAACGUCUUGCGCAUCCCCAUCUUUCUGGAGUUAACUUGCUGCCAUGCCGGUGCACCGUGACCGGGAGAAGAAAGAGAUCACAGCAGAGGAGAUGGAGGUGGAGGAGCAGGAGCAAGAGGCGUCCAGCUCAGAGGAGGAGGAUUCUGACACUUCGUCUGUUUCCGAGGAUGGAGACAGCUCUGAAAUGGAUGAGGAGGACUGUGAGCGGAGAAGGAUGGAGUGUCUGGAUGAAAUGACCAACCUGGAGAAACAGUUCACAGAUCUCAAAGACCAGCUGUAUCGUGAGCGUCUCAGUCAGGUGAACAGCAAGCUGUCGGAGGUGGAGGCUGGCCGGGCAGCAGAAUAUCUGGAGCCUCUGGCUGUACUGUUGGAGAACAUGCAGGUCCGCACCAAGGUGGCAGGUAUCUACAGAGAGUUGUGUCUGGAGUCCUUGAAGAACAAGUAUGAGUGUGAGAUUCAGGCUGCAUGCCAGCACUGGGAGAGUGAGAAGUUGCUGCUGUUUGACACAGUGCAGAGUGAACUGGAGGAGAAAAUUCGAAGACUGGAGGAAGACAGACACAGCAUAGAUAUUACAUCAGAGUUGUGGAAUGAUGAGUUAUCAGGAAGGAAGAAGAGGAGAGAUGCUUUCAGUCCCGAUAAGAAGAGGAGACGGCCUUCAGUGGUGUCUGGCCCAUAUAUUGUUUACAUGCUACCUGACUUGGACAUCCUGGAAGACUGGACCGCUAUCAGAAAGGCCGUGGCUACGCUGGGUCCCCACAGAGGGAAGUCCGACUCUGACAGCCCUGUGUUCCCAUUCAGACAAGACAGAAGCAGGCCCAUUCUCAACUGCUGAGGAACACACACAUACCCAUACACACACAUACAAUAGACCCUGCAGCCCAGUAUAUAUAUAUAUAUAUAUAUACAUACAUACAUACAUACAUACAUACAUACAUAUACAUAUAUGAGACACACAGCUGGACGUUUCUCGGAAUCUUCCCACAAUCCACUACACUCCUCUGCUAACAGUGACACCAGUCGGUAAGCUGCCUCUCGUGCCAACAGACACACAAUAAGGACUCGCAGGUUUAAAUCCCUUUAAAGGACAACAGGAAUAGAAGCGUUACAUUUGCUGACGAUAGUACCCAGUACUUUUGUUCAUAAGUGGGCUAUCGAUUUCAUUUGUUUCAGUUGACUCAGUGGAGAGGGAAGAGAUUUACCUAUUAAAAGUUUCAGUUGGUAACGUUUAGAAAAAAUAACUUCUGCCAUAACUCAUUUUUGCUCAAACUAUCUAUAACCUGACCGUAUGACAUGAGACAGUUAAUUUGUGGAGAAAAAAAAAAAGCACGCUCCUCUGCCUCCUCCUGGUGCUCCUAACGGCAUUAGGAAAACAACCAAUCAGAGCCUAGGAGUCUCUAACGCGGUGUCAAUGGCUCGUGAGCUGGUGUCAGUUAGAUGUAAAACGACAAAGUUCCAGCUAAACAGUACACUAAAAUAUGUUUCUGGAAACAUUUAAGGCGAAAUAGGCUAUGCAGUAGCGGAACCUUGAUUCAUAUUCUAUCAGCGCUGCCUAGCUUUACAGUGGGGCUGCAGUUGUCAGUCUUGCAGAUGCCUUUAGGAGCACUAGGGGGAGGCAGAGGAACAGAUUAUCUGUCCCAACUACUACUGUCAGGAUAUAGUGACAGUUUCAGCAAAUAUGACAAAAAGUUUUUUUUUUUUUUUUUUUUUUUUUUUUUUAAUAAAAGUUACCAACUGCAGCUUUAGCGGACAAUAAUAACAAAACAUGUUGUUCAACUUUUUAAAGAAAAAAUCAAGCAUUGAACUUUUAUUUGGGGAUACUGGAGCUUUUUAGAAGUUUUCUUUUUUUUAAUGGAGUAUUCAAACCAGUAAGUUACAAACCUGUCACUCCACAUUAUUCUUUGUAAUUGUAAGCACUGAGAUUAUUGACGAAGCUUCCAAUGACACAUGGGGAAACGCUGGUUUAUAUAUGAACCUGUUUGAUUGCGCCAUGACCUAUUUUGAAUUGUUGUACUUUUAUGUGAGACUAAUUAUUACUUUUUCUGAUGGUGUUUUGAAUACAGUGGUUAGGUGGUAAUCAUAUGACAGUGUGUACAGUUUGCACUCCACAGUGCCUACCUGUUGAAGUUCAUUUCUUGUCACGUCCUUUUGGUAAUUUUGAUGCAUCUUGCAUUUUUAAGAGUUACAGUUUGGUUGCUGUAAUUGUGGUUGAGACAAACUUAGUGAUAGCAGUAAUUAAAAUGCUAGAUAAGGCAACAGAUAUUUCAAGAUUGUGUGUGCAUACUUGACCAAGACAGACUUAGUCAGUACCUUCAGAAAGGAAUAAUACUUCCACUUUCCUUAACCAUAUAAAUAUAAUCCAAAUUAUAUAAUAUAAUCCAAAUUACAUUUAUACUGGACUAUUUUAGGCUUCAACUAAACUUUUUCAAACUGCCAGUGUACUUCCUCAUACCACCAGAUGUGUUGGUGGUGAAAAAAGCAUAGCAAAAAGAAAAAAAAAAGGAUAUUUCAGUAGAUCAUAUACAGUUUUCAUGGGAUACCUGGGCAUUUUGAAUAUUUUUUCCUUAAACUCUUUUAGGAAAUCCUAUAUUUUUGUUAAGAUAGCUGGUUAUUUCCAUGUGGAUCGUCAAUUAAAAAAAAAAAACAUUAACAAUUAUUUUAUAAUAACUGAGGUGCAGAUGGACUACAGACAACAUAGGAAAAGAUGAAAUACCAAGGUAUCCCUUUAAAGUUAUUCAACAGAUAUUACUGUUACAUUCUCUUCUUACACAUCUACCUCUUCUCUCUUCUCUCAGUCUUUAAAGCAAUAUCCACGUUUGCGUUAUUGCUCAUGAACAUGCUUUUUUUAAAAUUUUUAAUCUUUAAAAAGCCUACUGUGAUGAUGACUAAAGACAGGGAAGGAACCAAACCAUGGCCUUCCAAUCAUACCCCGCCACUGAAUCUUCAUAUAUACAACCCCACUGGUUAUAAACGAGGAUGACCAAACUGCCGUUCCAUAAUAUUGUUUUUAUAAAGAGUUAUUCUGAAGAUAAAGGUGGUGGGGAUGUUAAAUAUUCAAAUCAAUAAUUUGACAGUUUAUGUAAAUACUGUCAGGUACAUUUGUGUCUUUCUUGUUGGUGCUGUGGGUGGGUUUUACAAUUAAAAGUUGUUUUUAUAAGUA